AUGCCCGCGAGCGUGGCGGAAACAGCGGCGGUGGAGGAGGUGGGGGGAAUGCGCACGUGCUCCGCGGGUGACGGGGAGGGACAGGCGCAGGGACGGGUGCUGCACGCAUCCACCCCGCCCGUCCUCACUGCUCUGCAUCUCCCCCCCCCUUUCGUGCUGUGCAUCCCCACCCUCCCCCCCGUGCUGUGCUGUGCGUCCCCCACUCCUCUCGUGCUGUGCAUGCUGCAGCUGCUGGAGCAGCGCGGAGUGGCGGGGAGGGACGUGGUGGUGAUGGCGUCGCCCUUCACCCGCACGCAGCAGACAGCCGCCCUCGCUGCUGCGGAGCUGGGCAUCAACGUGCAAGGCACGCGCUUCCAGACAGCGGAGGAGCUGAGGGAGCGCUACUUCGGGCGCCACCUGGAGCUCAACUCGCAUGACCUCUACCCAGCAGUGUGGGUGGACGACAGGAAGGACGCCUCAUCCCGCCCGGGUGGCGACGGGGAGAGUGUGGUGGCGGUGGCGCAGAGAACAGCGCACCUCAUUCGGCACAUUGAAGAGGCUCUGGACGGGAAAUUGGUGGUGCUGGUGAGUCAUGGCGACACUCUACAAAUAAUCAACUCGCUUCUCUACUCCUGCGAUCUACUGCCACCCUCAUUCGUUCUACCCAAAGGCAUUGUGGAUCAAAGCCAAUGGCCGGCGUGCCCUAAGCUGGGCACGACGGCCAUGGUGCGCGCGGCGGCGCUGCUGCUGGUGCUGCCGGCCUUGGCGAUCCUGAGCGUCGUGGAUCCCGAGGUGGCGAAGCCGGCGUGGGACGACGGCGUGGUGGACGGCGUCGACGCGGACCUCUUCCGCCGCGCCAUGGUGCAGAUCGACGACGCGCGCCUCGCCGAGCCGCGCGGCAAAAUCGCCUUUCUUUUCCUCGUGCGCGGCCCGCUGCCGCUGCAGGAGAUCUGGCACCGCUUCUUCCAGGGUCACGAGGCGCAGUUCUCGGUGUACAUCCACGCGUCGCAGCCCGACUUCGACUGCGACCGCGCCGUCAACUACGCCGCCUUCCGCGGCCGCCAGAUUCCCAGCGUGCCGAUAUCAUGGGGAGGGCCCAACCUGAUCCGCGCGGAGAGGCGGCUACUGGCGGCGGCGCUGGCGGAUCCGGCGAACCAGCGCUUCGUGCUGCUCUCUGAAUCGUGUGUGCCUUUGUUCAACUUCUCCCACGUGUACGACUACCUCUUCGCCUCGCCCACCAGCUUCAUCACCAGCCAUCCGAGCGAGUGGCGGUACCAGCCGGGCAUGGCGCCUACUGUCAACCGCAGCCAGUUCCGCAAGGGCUCGCAGGUGGGCGCUGUGAGGGGUGGUGGGCUCGCAGGUGGGCGCUGUGAGGAGUUUUGUGCAAUGAAGUGA